CCAGGAACUACGAAAGGAAAUAUCAGAACUCACCGCGAUAGGACGCGAUCUUCGCAACGGCAUGUCUACAAGCCAGACGUCACAGGUUAACACCUGCGCAGGAAGAAGUUGGGCAUCACUUGCAACAUCAUCAUCGAUGGUAUCUUCUUCAACGAGGGCAACCCGGGCGGAGCCGGGUCUAUCAGGGAUAAGUCUAGACACCAACCUAGCGUCCCCAAAUGCUCUCAAACUUCUGCAACAACCAGUCCAGCUCCAGCAAAUCGUCAACAACUGCCUGGGGCUCCAGGGCGAGACGGAGAACAUCCGAAUUAAAGCAGAUAAAACAGCACCGCGCAACUUUCGUCAAAGCUAUUGUGGAGCGAGAUCAAAACCGAAGCUACUCCGGGAACGAACAGGAUCACUGCAGGCUCACCCAGGAGUGAAGCUUCAGCGAGAACAAUGGUAUCCUAUCUGAAUGGAUGCAGUCCGGAAAACCGGCAUGUUUGAUGGUCUGGGAAACGAGAAGUGCGACUUUUAGUAAAAUCUCGCGUCAAUGGCGGUCUAUCUGGCGAAGGAAAGUGAGGCCAUAGCACUCUUAAACCGCAGACUGGUCUAUGUUGGUGGCGAAGUAGCCUUCUCUAAGGUCUUUCAAGACCAGCUACGACCAGUCCGCCGCCACAACUCCCAAC